UCCCCUUCCCCCGUCGCCCUGCCUGCUAUUUCUUCUUCCCUUGUCACAAGCUCCGCUUGACUCGUCGUUGAUCCUCUCCGCCUUCGAUCCCUUCCGGCCAUCCUUCCCUUUCGCAUCGUCGCGAAUAGGAAUCGGAUCUGGUUUCGGCAGCCGCCGCCUUGUCGUCGGAUUGACGCCGCGAGAGGAGUUUUCGACUGCCAACGGCGAAAAAAAAAUCCGAUCUUGGAGAGUUUGGGAUUAGGGUUUUUGGUCCUUCGCCGGUGGGAGAUCGAGGGAGCUGUCUCGCAGGUAAAGAUUCUCCGGGAAUAGUAUGGCCGGGGAGCGAGGUGAGGUAAGCGGCUACCUCAUGGAUCCGUGUCUUUAUAACAGUCUUCCUUCCCUACCUCCACCGGAAAGUCGCGAUCUUGGAUCGCCGUGGUCGCCCUCCGCCCACGCGCCCUACUCUCCGUCCAACGUGCUGUCGACGCCGGAUGUGCUGCCUGCCGAUCCCGCCCACGCCGCUGACAGCGUUUACCCUUCCUCCUCCGAGCUCCUUCUGUUGUACGAUGAGCACGAUGUUACUUCUUCUACUUCAGAGUCGCCGGGAGUCGAUGGGAAUGAACCGUUAGCUCGAGAGCCGCUGCGCCUGGUGCGCCGCGAUGUUGAUGCCCAAAUCGCCGUUCCAUCGCCUUCUCAGCCUUCCCUGAGAGCUGGGCAUGAUCGAGUUGAGACGGCCUAUGCCCAUGUUCGCCUGAGCGAGCUCACUGCUCGUGGCAACACUCUCUCUGCUCAGCAUCAGCUCCUCCAACACCCAGAGUACCGUUUCCAGAGGUUGCUAGAAUUGCUGCGAAUUCGUAGGUCGAUCACCACCGAAGUGCAGGGGCUCGAUGCUGUUCCCAAUCCCUUGACAAACCCUGAAAGGUUGAUGCAUGACAUUAUGCAAUCUCAUAGGGCAAUGGAGGAUGCCAAGAAGGCCACCGAAAGCGAGAAGUCGGGAGAUGUGGAGAACAAAAAAGAUGAUAGUUCCGCAGCUAAUUUCGAGUGCAACAUUUGUUAUGAGCUCGCCAAGGCACCAGUGGUUACUCCUUGUGGUCAUCUCUAUUGUUGGUCUUGUUUGUAUCAGUGGCUUCAUGCUCAUUCUGUCAAUUCUGAAUGCCCUGUCUGCAAAGGGCAGGUACUUGAAGUUAAUGUAACUCCUAUUUAUGGUCGCGGAGGAGACGAAACGAAAGAUCUUAAGCAAGACAACGGCGAUGAGGAAUCAGGUUUGAAGAUUCCUCCCCGGCCCUCAGCUAACAGAAUUGAAAAUUUGAGGCCACAAUUGCGGCAGAGACUGGAAGAAGGAAUAGCAAACUCAUGGAGGAAUUCUAUGAAUGAAGACACACAUGAUGAGCACAGAACAGGACCUCGCUCAUCUAGGAGACAGGAAAGGUCUAGUGCUGCACGAACUGCGGUGAGGAGAAGGCCGGUUCGAAGAAUGCAACGGGAGGAGGGGAGGGGUUCAAACUCUACUGGAAUCGGCUUGCGUGGGGAUGAGUCAUUGAGCUACCCAAUUAUUCCACCUCUGGUCUUCCAUGGCGGAGUUGUUCCAUUUCAACAAGCUGGACUAUCAUCGUUGUCUAAUAGUCUUGAGCCUCUACUACAACAUAGGGAUAGUGCUGGGUCAGUAGUUGCUGCAGACCAAGCAUCGGCUUCGAGAGGGAACCCCCCAGACUUGGCUUUUUCCAAUGUAGGUGGAAGUCGUCGUACCCGUGCUAGAAGGAUGCACUAAAUUACCUUCAAAUUAUAUGGUGAACAAUUUCAGUGACCCUUUCCCCUCUUAUUUUGUUUUGAAAUCGCUUGUCUUAUUCUAAGUUUUAAUUAAGUCACAGAAUUAUGAUGAAUACAGAUGUGUUUUGGUAGAACGAAA